GGGUAGGCGGCUGUCGGGAUCAGUCGGGGCUGCGUGGAUCUCGCCCUGGCGGAGAGGAGGGCGUCGCGAUCACCUGGGAGGAGGGACGGUGGGCAGUGAAAGGGGUUGGGGGGGGCGCUCCUGUUUCCUCCGGUGUCGCGCCAUGACGGCGAACGAAGACCAGGAGAUGGAGCUAGAAGCAUUACGUUCUAUUUAUGAAGGUGAUGAGUGUUUUAGGGAACUUAGCCCCAUUUCCUUUCAAUAUAGGAUAGGUGAAAAUGGAGACCCUAAAGCUUUCCUAAUAGAAAUAUCAUGGCCAGAAACAUACCCUCAAACUGCUCCAGUCAUCUCUAUGGAUGCAUUCUUCAAUAACUCUAUAGCCUCCACUAUAAAGCAAAGUAUAUUGAACAAAUUAAUGGAAGAAGUUGAAGUUAACCUUGGUACCUCUAUGACAUACACAAUUUUUGAAUAUGCCAAAGAUAAUAAAGAGCUGUUUAUGGAAAACCAACCCAUUAAUAUUGCGACAGCUUUGAACAACUGCAUCUCAACAGGACAUCCAGAUGCAGCACAAACUAGUAAGAAAAAAGAGAAAAAGGAACAAUUGACCAAAACACAAAAACGAAAGUUAGCAGAUAAAACAGAUCACAAAGGAGAGCUUCCUCGAGGAUGGAAUUGGGUUGAUGUAAUAAAGCAUGUAAGUAUUUCAGUCUUCCUGAAUUGUUGUACUAGUUUUGAGAUACCUUUAAUUCCAAGGUUAUUUGGGAUACUUUCUCCUUUUGAUAAGUUUUUAGGGCACUUAUCCUAAACAUGAAAAGAAAUCCUAUUGAAUUAUGUCCACAUAUUUUUUUAAACAAAUUCAGAAGUACUGGCUAACCAGCCUACCACUUUCAUGAAAAGAAUAGUAAUUGUUAGAGCUUUUCAACCAAAUCUGAUAUAUAAUACUGAAUAUGCAAGAAAGUGGAAAUCAAAAUAUUGUGUGAUGUUCCCAGUGUUUGUAAAUAUGUGAUUAAUACAGGUUAACUGUUUACAAAUAAGUUCAAUGCCCUCAUGUGGAAUUGCCAUCUCCCUGCAUGCUUGCAUUCCUCCAUUGUUGUAAUUAUGUUGUACACUAGCCUGCUUCACAUAUCACCUUAAACCAAUGCCUAAUUUCCCCCCUGUACUUCAUCACACUGCACAUUCACUUUUAAACUACAGCUAAGCUCACCAUGGUAUAAAGUGAUAUGCAAACAAGGCCAUUGACUAUAGUGCUAAGUGAUGGUUUGCAUGUGUGAAGGAAUGAUCACAGAAGAAUCACAACAAAUAAAACUUUUUAGUAGUUUAAUGUUAAUUAAAAAAAACAAUACUUUAAGGGCUGUCCAGGCAGGCUGUCUAAUAAAGUGGUAAAACAUGUCUUCUGAGUUUCAUUAAGGUUGCCACAAAGCAUCUGAUGAACUGCCCCAGGCCAAGAUAAACCUUUUUGUUUCCAUGCACUGAGAUUCUGAUCAAUGCUAUAGUCCCAGGUCCAUACUCUCAGGGUUUCUUUUUUUACUGUAUGUCUCUCCAACCCUUUCAGCAACUUUUUAUAUAAGGAGCUCUCUUCAUUUUGGCAGUAAAUCGGUUUUUACACCCGUUACUGAAUUUUGUGACAUUCUAAAUACUAGCAGUACCAGUCUCAGAUACCUGCCUUUAAGAAAGAAAAAAGUUAACAGAAAAUCUGCAGACUGGGGCCAAGAAAAAUGGUAGCUACUGAAUCUUUUAUUCUUUUUUUCAGCUAAGCAAAACUGGCUCCAAGGAUGAUGAAUAGGAGGACACUGAUAUAGGAAAACAUCAGCUUUUACUACAACACUGUUUGGAAUCAACUGCCAUAUUCUCUCUUUUUUCAUUUACAUUUUAUAAAAUGACAGUUCCUCACACAUUGUAAUCUGAAACGGUGUGCUUACCUAGAGGGAAAUGUUUUUGGUAUCCAUAAUCACUUUCUUCAUAUCACAUGUUUGCCUUUAAAGAAAUUAGGUUGAAGAUUGUCUGCUUCUAUUUCGAUGUCAACUAUCAGGACUCUGAAUAUAACAAUAUGUAAUUUGCUUUUAUACUGUUUGACCCUGUACUAAAUCAUGCAAAACUGAAAGCGAAUCAUCUAA